AUGGCAUCGCUUCGUACUUCGGUUCGCUUUGCUCGCAACCUGCGCCUGGCCGCGCCCCGUGCGGCGGCUGUGUCGCCUCGCAUGUGUGCUCGUGCCUACAGCACACCUGCGCCCGAGGCCAAGCAGGGCGGUAGUAGCUCGCUGCUGUGGGCCGCUGCUCUGGCCGGUGCGGCCGGUGCAGCUUACUACUUCCGCGACGACCUCAAGGCACUCACUGGCGGUGAGUCUACCUCGAAGGUGCCCAAGAAGGAGGACUACCAGGCAGUGUACAAUGAGAUUGCCAAGAUCCUAGAGAACCCGGACUACGAUGACGGCAGCUAUGCGCCCGUCCUGAUCCGUCUCGCUUGGCACAGCUCCGGCACGUAUGAUAAGGAAUCGAACACGGGCGGUAGCAACGGUGCUACGAUGCGCUUCCCGCCUGAGGCGAAGCACUCGGAGAACCCCGGUCUGCACAAUGCGCGCAACGUCCUGGAGCCGAUCAAGAAGAAGUUCCCGUGGAUCUCGUACUCGGACCUGUGGACUUUGGCGGGUGUGGCCGCUGUGCAGGAGAUGGGCGGUCCGAAGAUCCCGUGGCGCCCUGGCCGUGAGGACAUGCCCGAGGAGUCGACGCCGCCGGAUGGCCGUCUGCCGCACGCCCCGCUCGGCGCCGACCAUAUCCGCGACGUAUUCCACCGCAUGGGCUUCAACGACCAGGAGACUGUCGCCCUAAUCGGUGCUCACGCCGUUGGCCGUUGCCACACACAGUACAGUGGCUUCGAUGGCCCGUGGACAUUCUCGCCAAUUUCGUUCACGAACCAGUUCUUCACGCUCCUGCUAGACGAGGACUGGGUGCCGAAGAAGUGGGACGGUCCCUUCCAGUAUGUGGACAAGAACUCGAACUCCCUCAUGAUGUUGCCCACGGACUAUGCGCUUGUCAAGGACUCGACGUUCAAGAAGCACGUGCAGACGUACGCGAAAGACGAGGAGAAGUUCUUUAAGGACUUCGCCGCGGCCUUUGCUACCCUCAUGGAGCUUGGCGUGCCUUCGGAGAACUUCAAGAAGGCCGCUGAGCCUCUGGGCGAUGACAAGCCGCUCGUCUUUACGCCGACGGCCGACCAGAAGUAG